GCGCCCCGCUCGCAUUGUUCGGGCGGCUCCCCGAGCGCGCAGCAGCCGCCUCGCAGCGCGGCCCGCCGCCGCCCCGCGCCCGGCCCCUGCGCCCGACCCCGCGCCCGCGCCCGCGGCCCCAGACUGAAGACGCUAAUCGACCAAGAGGCUGAGUUCCAGAAGAAGAAAGAGCAAGAAAAAGAGAAAAGGAUAGCAGCCCUGAAAGAUGAGCUGACCAAACUGAAGUCUUUUGCUUUGAUGGUGGUGGAUGAACAACAAAGGCUGACAGCGCAACUUACCCUUCAAAGACAGAAAAUCCGAGCCCUGACCACAAGUGCGCAGGAAACACAUGCCAAACUAGCCCGGGCUGAAGCCAGGGUUCAGGAAGAGGAGCAGAGGGCGACCAGACUAGAGAGAGAACUGCACAGACAGACCGCAGAGUAUCGCCAGAACCAAGAGGCGAUUAUGGCGAAGCUCACCAACGAGGAUGGCCAAAAUCGCCAGCUUCGGCAGAAGCUGGCAGCCCUCAGCCGGCAAAUCGACGAGUUAGAAGAGACAAACAGGUCUUUGCGCAAAGCCGAAGAAGAGCUGCAAGAUAUCAAAGAAAAGAUCAACAAGGGGGAGUACGGAAACUCGAGCAUCCUGGCCGAGGUGGAGGAGCUCAGGACGCGGGUCCUGGAGAUGGAAGGGAAGGACGAAGAGCUCAUUAAAAUGGAGGAGCAGUGCAGAGACCUCAACAGGCGGCUCGAGAAGGAAACACUGCAGAGCCGAGACUUGAAGCUGGAGGUCGAGAAGCUCAAUAAAAGGAUAAUGGCCCUGGAGAAAUUAGAAGACGCACUUACCAAAAGCAAACAAGAAUGCUACUCUCUGAAAUGCAACUUAGAGAAAGAAAGGAUGACGAGCAAACAGUUAUCCCAAGAACUGGAGAGUUUGAAAGGAAGGCUCCAAGAGCUAGAAGCCACGGAAAGCCGGCUGGAAAAGACGGAAUUCGCCCUAAAAGAGGAUUUAACUAAACUGAAAACGUUAACUGUGAUGCUGGUGGACGAGCGGAAAACCGUGAGCGAAAAACUAAAGCAAACUGAAGAUAAGUUACAAGCUGCUGCUUCUCAACUCCAAGCAGAGCAAAACAAAGUGACGACGGUGACUGAAAAGUUAAUUGAGGAGACAAAAAGGGCACUGAAGUCCAAAACUGAUGUGGAAGAGAAAAUGUACAGUGUCGCCAAGGAGAGAGAUGACCUGAAAAACAAGCUGAAAGCAGAAGAAGAAAAAGGAAAUGACCUCCUGUCUAAAGUUAAUAUGCUGAAAACUCGGCUUCAAUCUUUGGAGGGGACUGAGAAGGAUUUCCUAAAAAACAAAAUGAAUCAAGAUUCUAGUAAAUCCACAACAGUAUUACACCAAGAAAACAAUAAGAUUAAAGAGCUCUCUCAGGAAGUGGAAAAACUGAAGCUGAAGUUAAAGGAUAUGAAAGCCAUCGAAGACGACCUCAUGAAAACUGAAGACGAGUACGAGACUCUGGAGCGCAGAUACGCUAGUGAACGAGACAAAGCACAAUUCCUAUCCGAAGAGCUGGAACGUGUUAAAAUGGAACUGGCCAAGUACAAGUUAGCAGAAAAGACAGAGUCCAGUCAGGAGCAAUGGCUCUUCAAGAGACUCCAAGAAGAAGAAGCGAAGUCAGGGCACCUCUCAAGAGAAGUGGACGCACUGAAGGAGAAAAUUCAUGAGUACAUGACAACUGAGAACCUGAUAUGUCACCUCCAGGGAGAUCAUUCCCUUCUGCAAAAGAAGCUGAAUCAACAAGAAAACAGGAACCGAGACUUAGGAAGAGAGAUUGAUAAUCUCACUAAGGAGUUAGAGAGGUACCGCCAUUUCAGCAUGAGCCUCCGGCCUAAUCUGAACGGAAGAAGAACCUCUGACCCUCAACUGUUUUCUAAAGAAGUCCAAACAGAAACAGUGGACAACGAGCCACCUGAUUACAAGAGUCUCAUUCCCCUGGAACAAGUAGUCAUCAAUGGACAGACAUACGAGGAGAGUGAGAAUCGAGAUGAGGACCCCAAUGAUGAGGAAUCCAUUCUGUCCUUCAAAUGCAAUUCGUCAACUCCCUGUCCAGCCAACAGGAAGUUGUGGAUUCCCUGGAUGAAAUCCAAGGAAGGCCCUCCUCAGAAUGGAAAAGUACAAGCAAAACCCAAUGGCAACUUCGUGCAACCUGGUGAUCUUGUCCUAAGCCACACACCUGGACAGCCCCUUCAUAUAAAGGUUACUCCAGACCAUUUCCAAAACACGGCCACCCUUGAAAUUACAAGUCCGACCACAGAGAGUCCGCACUCUUACACGAGCACUGCCGUGAUACCAAACUGUGGCACCCCAAAGCAAAGGAUAACUAUCCUCCAAAACGCAUCCAUCACACCAGUGAAGUCCAAAACCUCUGCAGAAGGCCUCAUAAAUGUAGAGCAAGGCGUGUCCCCAAUCACUAUGGCAAGCUUUGCCAGAGCACAGACCCCCGAGUCCUGUGGUUCUGUAACGCCAGAAAGGACAAUGUCACCUAUUCAGGUUUUGGCUGUGACUGGUUCAGCUAGCUCUCCCGAGCAGGGACGCUCCCCAGAGCCAAUAGAGAUCAGCGCCAAGCAUGCUAUUUUCAGAGUCUCUCCAGAGCGGCAGUCAUCAUGGCAGUUUCAACGUUCAAACAGUAAUAAUUCAAGUGUGAUAACUACUGAGGAUAAUAAAAUCCACAUUCACUUAGGAAGUCCUUACAUGCAAGCUGUAGCCAGCCCCGUGAGACCCGCCAGCCCUUCAACACCACCGCAGGACAGCCGAACUCAAGGCUUAUCUAAUGGGGCUCUGAACAAAACGACCAAUAAAGUCACCAGCAGUAUUACUAUCACACCAACAGCCACACCUCUUCCUCGACAAUCACAAAUUACAAUCAAGGAGGUACGCCGGCAGAGAAUCCCAACAUGGCGCCUUAACUCAGCAUCUCCAGGCAUUACUCUGCUUCACUCUAAAGCUCCCCCGGGGCUGAUGGAAAAGUCUAUACACCACACUGGCUGUGGGAAGUUACACAUCAUAAAGACUGUCACCUCCAAUACUUUCCUCCACGUGGGAGGGAAAAGGUAAGCUUGCCCAAUGCACUGCCUGAAUACACUGACCUACAGAAAUACUAUGGAAAGCUGGAAAUGCUGCCACGGGGGGUUGAAGAGAAAGAGCAAUCUCUCCAGGACACGGAAAAGCAGCAGGAUGACAGACGGGUCAUUCGCAGGUUGUGGGACCUCGCGAACAGGAUCCUGAAAAAGUAGCACGCCACGGUCAUGUUGCCUACAUGUGUGCAGCGACAUACGUGCUAUUGCCAAGCCGGACACAUACACUUCACUUCCUCCCGGGUCCUUAUUUGUAACCCAGCCCAAAGGCAGACUGUCUGGGAUGCCACUAAAUUCACAAAGCACAGUUGGAAGGUAUUCUGAUGAUGGCAGGAAGUAACUGGCUCAUAUUUGCUAAAAAGAUAUACCAAGGGAGGGGGAAUGACUAGGAGAUGCAACACCAGUAGGAUUUCUCAUCUGCUUCAAAAGAGUCAGAUCUUUUCUAUCAAAAUGGCAGGAAAACUGAAAUCAAUCUCUAAAGGUAUGAAACUAUGAUUUCUUUAGGGCCAGGAAGAAAAAGGGAGGUAAUUCUUGGUUACAAAAAGUAAAAGAACACAAAAGUGAGUAUCUGAACACAUCCUUUGUGUAGUCAACCCACUGUUUAUGUGGCAUGCGUUCCCACUUGACUGUUGGCACUUAGUUUUCUGUCUUAUUUUCAAAAACUAAAAUUGUGCUCCUGUCUGGUUUAGUGAGAUAAGCAACCUCAACAACAAAUAUGAGAGUAAUUCAGUCACGAGUAUCAAAAGCUAUAUAACUGGCAUCCUCUAAUUGUGGCUAGAAAUCUUUACAUCCUUCCCAGUUCUGAUAACCCAUGAGUAUAACCAAUUGUAGACUGGAAACUCCAAACAAUCAUCUAUCUAUAAGCCCCAACAAUAAACUAGAAUUCCUUUCAACGGAAGUGUUCUAUUGGAUCAGGAAAAUGUGUUAAAAAUUUAGUGUGGACAGAGUUAACACAAUGACGCUUCAAGAUCCAAAGACAUUUUAUACAGGGAUAAUUACAUUUCACAGAGCCUCCUUCGGAUAAAAACAAACAAAAAAAUCUUCAAGGACCAUGACCCAGCAUUCUCUAUGAUCCGACACAAAGAAGUGGGGGCAUGAUCCAGCUGGAAGUAAUCCUGUGGCCAAUGAGAGGCCGUUAGCUGGCUGUCAGGGCUGGAGUCGGCAUAGCAAACGCCAAGGAACUGCUCUUCUCACAUUCACCCAUCUCAAACAGCGUCAGUGCACGCGAGCCCCUGGAAAAAUAGGUCUGGGCCCACUCUGAUUCCAAGGCGGAAAAGAGCGGGAAGCCUGGGUGGCCUUGAGCUGUGCAAGGGAAAGGUAGGGAUGAAGUGCAGCAGAACGAGCAAACACUUGACAGAGGGAGAAUUGGGAGGUCAGGCGAGGUGAAAGACUCAAGUGCGAAAACAGUCAGAGAAGAGCAUAAGAAAGAGAAUUACAAACGAUGAUUGAGCUCCAACAUCAAAAAUGAAAGUAGAGGGAAAUAGCUGAUGGGUAGUGCGGCUGAAAACAGUGUGUAGCACUGUACAGGGCAUAGCAGGCAAUGUCAAGUGAGCAGAGCAUGAGUGAACAGGAGAGAGAAGGGGCAGUUACCACUGAAGUACUUAAAUGAGCAAUGUGACAAGAAGAUGGUGAUGGCAUACAACAAGAGCAGUAAAAGCAGUAACUCGGUGACACUCGACGUUGAUGCUGAAGGAGAAACAAACAAACGCAACAAAAACCUUGACCAUCAAUAUUGGAAACCAGAAAGGUUGAAAAGUAGUAUAAAGCAGGAAAAACAAGCACCAACAACACUCCGAGAAAAGCAAAAAUACCAUGGGAACAUUUCAACUUGAAGGGGAAAACAAAACAUGGUUAAGUAGGUUUCAAAUUUGUUUUCUUCCAUGCCAGGAGAUUCCCUAAUGUCCAUUAUCUCAAAAUGGGAUAAAUUCAAGAGCUAGUAAGAAAAGGGGGAAAAGGUUGUACAAAGUGCCAAAAAGUGGGAGGAAACAGCUACAUUUCUAUUUCCAUUAUGACAAAAAAUUUUAGGAGCUGGAGAGACAGUACUGUUGAUAAGACACUUGACUUGCACCAGGCCAACCCAUGUUUGAUAUCUGGCCCUUUCAAGACCCACACGGAGUGAUUCCCAAGCUCAGAGCCAAAAGUAAGUUCUGAGUACUGGUAGGUAUGGCCAAAAUACAGAAACAAAACAAAGAAACAGUUUUAAAACAACAAAGUUCAUCUUAACAAGCAGAUUAUCAAUCCAAUUUAAAAUGAUAAACAUAACAAUGCACAACAACUUCUUUUGAUAAUGCAUAAACAACUAUGAAGUGGAAAUGAUGCUUGGAAUUCAACAAAAUGGUGUUUGACCUACAAGACAAUUCAAACACAAAAAGAAUCUGUGUUCAUGCCACAGAACUAUUUCUGCAGACCUACAAUAAAACUAAAAGAUACUGUCCUAAAAUUUUUAGAGGAGACAUUAUGAAGUUAAAAGGAAGCAGAUAAAAACCACAGGGAACUAAAACAAAGCAAUUUGCAGCCAAAGCUUUAACAGCCUGAUAUUUUUAAGCUGGGGUCUCUCAGCCCUUAAUCUAUUUAGCUUCAAAGACUUCUGUGCUAGACUUCUUGGAACUUUAUGGAAUAAAGUAUUCAAUCUUCAAAGAAAUGUGAGUGGUAAUUAUAAAUGGAGUGACUGAUGUAAAAUAAAAUUCUCUCUUCACUAUAAUUCAAAUUCCUGCUUUCUGUGACAUGCAACAUGCACCUCAAAACUCAGUCAGGCUGAGACCUGAUUUCAAACUACACCCUGCAGGUCCAAUUCAGUCUAUGGUCAUUUUUCUAUAGUCUACAAGUUGAGAAUCAUUUUGACAUUUUUAAAUAGUUGAAAAACUCAAAAGAAGGUGAAAAUCACAUGAUAUUAAAGUUUCGUAAAGUUUCCUGGUAUAGACAUGUUCAUUUGCUCUCAUAUUUAUUACCAAUGAUUAAUGUCACACUACAAUGAGAGCUAGUUGUCUAACUCUAGCCAGCAAAGCCUAAAAUACUAUCUUGCUACUAUAUAAAUCUGAUGACAUCUGACCUACUGUGGACUAACCUAACAAGGAACUCAGAAACAAAAUCAACUAAUUUUAACCAACAAUACUAACAAUUCAAAGAAUUCUAUAAAAGCAUAUACAAAUGGAAAAAACUACUUCAAGCUACUGUGAUAGUUAGCAAAAAUGUAGAAUUCUAUCAAUGCACUAAAGUGUUUAACUGAAAAUCAGAGAAUAGAUCGGGGGUCAGGAGAUUGCACAGUGGUAAGGGCUCCUGCUAGAGGGAUCAGAUCUAUGGGGUACCCCAAAAAUCAGUGGGUGCCUCCCUGGAGGUCCCCAAAUACUUCUGGGUAUGGCUCUUCCAGCACAGAGCCCAAGCAGUUCAUAGAAAGUACAAUUUCGUGCAACACGGCAACUCAGAUAGAACUAGAGGAUAUCCUGUUGAGUGAAGUCAGAAGGAAAGGGAUACACAGAAUAAUCUCCCUCACCUGUGAAACUUAAGGAUCUACAGAAAGGUACCAACAAAGGGUCAAAGGCAACAUAAUGAAGAACUGAUUCAUACAAUUAAGUUGGGAGGGGGUUUUGGAAAGGAGGGAUGUUGGGGUCCUUGGGAAAAGAAGGUGGGUACACUGGUGGUGGGUUUGGGUAUUGAAAUUUGUGCACAAGUAACCAUUAUGAGUAGCAUUGAACUAUUGAAAAACUCAGGUAUGAGGGUUUGUGACCAAAAUCUCCAGGUACUUUUGUAGUCAGGGAUGAACAACCUCCCCCCAUCCCUCCUUUCUUCAGGGAGCCUGGUGGUCAUGCCCAUUGACUGCCUCUGGCACCCUAUAAACUCAUUAACCAGCCAUGAUCCAGACUCAUAAAUCUCAAAAGAGAUCAACAAGCUGUAGAGAUGCUUUCAGAGCUCAGUCACCAUCCAGUUAAAACUUUAACUCCAGCUAUAUCACCCCAUUCAAAAUUUUAGAAUUCCUGGAAUGACAUCUCAUACUCCACACAACUGAUAUACCAGGGGUAGCACACCACAUUGGAAGGGAUAUAAAGUAGAAGGCAACAAAUCUGAUUAAGAAAAUAUUAAUAAACAAGGCUUAAUCUGUAACAACAUGUUGGUAAUCUCUGAUACAAGUAGCUCCAACAAUCUUCACACACUUUCUUCUAAAGAAAUCUUCUUUGAUCAUUUUUAGUGAAUUAAUCCUAACAAGCAACACAAAAUAAAUCAUUUGGGGCCUGCUACUGUGGUAAGCUUGGGCGGUGGUUGAGAAAAUUGGAAAUAAUGGUGGUGGGAAGGUGUAAUGAUGGUGGGAUUGGUGUUGGAAUAUUGAAUGUAAUAAAUUACUGACAACUUUAUAAAAAUUUUAAGAGAAAAAAUAAAUAGUCUUGUAAACCACAGAAUCUCAAUCAAUACAAAUAAUUUGUUAAGAGUUUUGUAGAUUUCAAAAAACUAGAGGUUGAGCUCCCAUUUGACCCAGCAAUACCACUGCUGGGAAUAUAUCCCAGAAAAGCCAAAAAGUAUAGUCGAAAUGACAUCUGCACUUAUAUGUUCAUCGCAGCACUGUUUACAAUAGCCAGAAUCUGGAAAAAACCCGAGUGCCCUAGAACAGAUGACUGGUUGAAGAAACUCUGGUACAUCUAUACAAUGGAAUACUAUGCAGCUGUUAGAAAAAAUGAGGUCAUGACGUUUGCAUAUAAGUGGAUCAACAUGGAAAGUAUCAUGCUAAGUGAAAUGAGUCAGAAAGAGAGAGACAGACAUAGAAAGAUUGCACUCAUCUGUGGAAUAUAGAAUAAUAGACUAUAAGACUAACACCUAAGAAUAGUAGAAAUAAGUACCAGGAGGUUGUCACCAUGGCUUGGAGGCUGUUCUCUCAUUCUGGGCAACUCAGAGAAGGGAACACCAAGUAAAAUGUGGUUGUUGGUCAUGUGGGGGAAAGAUGAUGCGGGCCGAAUAUAGACUAGAGACAACACAAUGGCCACUCAACACC